AUGUCCCUCACCGCCGCGAGCCGCGUCAGGAGCCGUGCUAAGCAUUCUCUCAAGGCCGACCACGGCGUCAUGUCCCCCCCGAGACGCCACCUCCCGCAGCCGUCGUCGCUCCCGCAGGUGCCCGACGUCGGCGCCGUCCAGCUCUCGUGCGACCCCUCGGCCGAGCACGUCGUCGUCGUGUCCAUGUACGAGGUCCACAACGACCGCAUCUACGACCUCCUCACCCCGGCCUCCAAGUCGGCCGCCACCAAGGACUUCCGCCGUCGUCCGCUCCUCUUCAAGUCGACGGAGCUGUCGCCCGACCGAAAGGUCGUCGCCGGCCUGCGCAAGGUCGUCUGCACGACCCUCAAGGACGCCGUCAUGGUGCUCGAGGCCGGCCUGCUCGAGCGCAGGGUCGCCGGUACCGGCAGCAACAGCGUCUCGAGCCGGAGCCACGGCUUCUUCUGCUUCGAGGUCAAGAAGCGCCGGCGCGCCGGGAGGGGCGGCCUCUGGGCCGGGAGCAAGCUCACCAUCGUCGACCUCGCCGGCAGCGAGAGGGCGCGCGAGGCCAAGACGCAGGGCGCGACGCUCGUCGAGGCCGGCAAGAUCAACGAGAGCCUCAUGUACCUCGGGCAGUGCCUCCAGACGCAGAGCGAGGUCGGCAGCUCGAGCAAGCAGCCCAACGUCGUGCCGUACCGCCAGUGCAAGCUCACCGAGCUGCUCUUCUCCAACUCCUUUCCCUCCUUCUCCGCCUCGAGCCAUUCCCACGGCCCUCGCCGGAACCCGCAGCGAGGCGUCAUGAUCGUCACGGCCGACCCCCGCGGCGACUUCAACGCGACCUCGCAGAUCCUGCGGUACAGCGCGCUCGCCCGCGAGGUGACGGUGCCGCGGGUUCCCUCCGUCACGGCGACGAUUCUCGCCAAUUCACCGCCGACGACGGGCAACCCCCUGCCGCCGCCGUCGACGGCGCAGCACCACCCGAGGCCGUUUGUGCCCCCCGGAACGAACUCGUACCGCAACUACACGCCCCCGAUGAACGCCGACGAGCGCGCGACCAUGGAGAUUGCCGCCCUCGAGAUUGCCCGCAUGAGCGACGAGAUUGACCAGCUGCGCGACGAGGCCGAGCGUCACGCCGAGGCCCGCAUGACGGCCGAGGCCCAUCUCCUCAGCAUGGAGGACCGCAUGCUCGACCUCGAGGCGGCCAUCCGCGACGACUGCGCGACCGAGUUCGAGCAGCGCUUCACCCUGGAGCUGGCGCGAUUCAAGGCCUCGCUCGCGCUCGAGAAGGAGCGCAACGACGAGCACUGGGACCGCAAGGUCGAGGUCCUCGAGCGCGGCCUCGACCUCGACGCCGCCGUCGGGGACGGCGAGGGCGACAAGGAGAACGUGCUCGUCGAGGACCUCGCCCAGGAGGUCGAACGGCUGCGGCUCGAGAACAACAUUCUCAGGCGCGAGCUCUCGAUCCGCAACCCGAGCAAGCGGACGCCGCUCGCGGACCGCGACGACUUUACGCCGACGGCCGCCAGCAGCGGAGCCAACUCGCCCAGCAGCGUGCCCAACAGCGUCACCGGCAGCGGCGUGGCGAACCUCGGCCGGAAGCUCGAGCGCAUGCGUCUCGCGAGCGGCGCAGGCGACGGGGCGAAGACGGCGACGGGCACGAGCAACGGCAGCCCGACCAAGAAGCUGCGCAAGCUGGGCGCGAAGCGAUGGGAGGAGAUGGACGACGUGUUGUAG